CAAGUGUCGAGCUGCGCGUGCGCAACAGAGUCUUAGAGGAGCAGUAAGCCACCAGCAAGCAGUGUACACCACAAACAGGCCACCACAACAUGAAGUGCUUUUUCAUCCUGAUAGCGACCAGCCUAGUGCUGAGUGCUUGGGCCCAGGACGCGGCGGAGGCUGACCUGGAGCAGGUUGCUUCGGCAUCGGCUCCCGCAGCGGUGGCAGUGGAGGAUCAGGUAGGCGCCGCCAGCAGCUAUGCGCCGCUGCAGGAUAAGAAACAGGAGAAGCGGUAUGUUGGUGGAUAUGGUGGCUACGGAGCAGGAUACGGCGGAUACGGAGGCUACGGCGGGGGAUAUGGCGCAGGCUACGGAGGCUAUGGCUCCGGCCUGGGAGCGGGAUACGGAGGAGCCUACGGCAGUGGCGCUGGCGUCGGAGUGGACAGCUACUACAAUCCGUAUGGCUCGCGUUCGCUGGGUGGAUUAGGUGAGGAUGGCGCUGCAGUGGCCGGAUAUGGUGGCUAUGGAUCCGCUCUUGGUGGCUACGGAUCCGGUCUGGGCGGCUAUGGCUCUGCCCUGGGUGGCUAUGGAUCGGGACUGGGAGGCUACGCCGGUUCCUACAACUCCAAUCCCUAUGCGCUAUCCUACUACAACGGCAGGCUGGGCGCUGGAGCCGGCACUGGUUAUCCGUACUACAACACCCGGUUCGGAGCCGGCGGAUACCCGUCCAGCUACUACACGAGCAACUACGGGAACAGCGUGGUGGGCGGCGGACUGGGCGCCUUGGGCGGAGUGCCGCCCAUCGGAUCCGGCUACAACUACGGCUCCGGCAUCUCGGGCACUGUCUACUAGACGGAGCUGCCAAGCGUAACGCAACGUUCAAGAUCUAAGCUAGUGGAAUUUAUUUUUUUUUCUUCGAUAUUUUUUUCUAACUUUAUUUUUAUUAAAAGAUGCUAUAAAAA